AUGCACCCCGGGGAAUUCCACACGCGAAACAAGAAGCUACAUUGGAACAACUAUGAAGCCCGCGCGCUCAGAGCAGGACCCGCCUUUGGAACAGUCAUUGAGGGUGAUAUCAGCGGCACCACCUACUACCCCUCGUCAAAUCAGGCUCAGCCGGAUCCCUCGCGGGAAUACCUCAUUCUCCAGUUACCGAAACCGGUUUUGGCCAGGAAUCUGAAGCGACAUCAAUGCGUCUUCUGGCAGGAGAAAUUGCCGAUGCUGCGAAGGCGGCUACUUCCAAGUAGGCAAUGA